CAGCGUCCUUUUGGCGACUGCUCGGGUGCUUCGGAAUACGCAAAAUUGUUUUGAUUCGGUAAUUCGCUGUAUGCUGCCGCAUCCUUUCUGUCCGGGGGACCCAGCUGCCCAAAAAGCCGAUUUUAGAAACAGGAGAGGUGCAGCGGCAGAAGUUGCACUGCCGUGCUCUAGUAGGGAGCAGUGAAGUGUCUUUGACGCAACUUCCUGUUGGAAUGCCUCACAUCAAUGCAGCUGCAGCUCUGCAGAUUUCCAUGCUGCUCUUUGCUCUUCCUGCACAGUAUUUCAUAUCUCAGUGGUACGGAACGGACUCUGCCGAGCGCAUCCAAAGAACAGAAAGGAUAAUUGCCUCUUGGAGAAUCUCAACAAGAUCUUACUUGAGUCCGGAUGCAUGGGCAGAUCGUUUAAAGCUGUGGCUCUUAAAGACAAGGAAUUGGUACUACGGAGAGAGCAAAACUAAAAGUGGUGAAAAUGAAGCAAACCCCCAUUCUUAUUUUGCAGAAUCAACUCAUGUUCACACUCCAAAGCCUGAAUAUAUUAAGUUCCGUGUGGGCCAGGUAAUAAUUCACAGAAGAUUUGGCUACUCAGGAGUCAUUGUUGGAUGGGAUGUGAAAGCUAACGCUCCAGAAGAACAACUGCAACUCAGAUAUCUUCCAGUGAAACAGGGUCUAAAAGAUACUCCUCAUUAUCGAAUUCUAAUUAACAAAGCGAAUGGAUUUGGAAAAUCUACAGCUUAUGUUCCUGAGGAAGAGAUAACAGUUAUUAUAGGAUUAGAGGUUCAUCACCCUGAUAUGGAAACCUACUUCAGUGGAUAUGAUGGAUCAAAAUACAUUAUGCAGCCAUGGUUGAAAAAACUCUACCCUCACGACUGAGUACUUAGUGUCUGUACAUGUAAUGUACAUCCAGACAACAGAUGUCCUUUCUAAACUUGAGCAAACACAC